CCCGACACUGAAUCGGAAGUGCUGGACUCAACUGCGUGGAAAUGGACACUGGUGAGCUGGGUGGGCUACGGCCCCGCAAGGGGAAUCCCGAGGGGGUGACAGCGGGAAAGGUGAACACCGAAGAGGUGUCAGCGACUCCUGCUGCCGCUGCCUCGGCCUCCUGCCAGUACAGGUGUAUCGAAUGCAACCAAGAGGCCAAGGAGUUGUACCGAGACUACAACCACGGCGUGCUGAAGAUAACUAUCUGCAAAUCCUGCCAGAAGCCUGUAGACAAAUAUAUUGAGUAUGACCCUGUUAUAAUUUUGAUUAAUGCUGUCUUAUGCAAAGCCCAGGCCUACAGGCAUAUUCUUUUCAACACUAAAAUAAAUUGUCUUUCUGACUACCAGAUGCACGGAAAACUCUGCAUAUUUUGUUUGCUUUGUGAAGCGUACCUGAGGUGGUGGCAGCUUCAAGACUCAAGCCAGAACACUGAUCCUGAUGACUUCAUCAGAUAUGCUAAGGAGUGGGAUUUCUACAGAAUGUUUGCAAUUGCUUCUCUAGAACAAGCUGCCUUUUUAAUUGGCAUUUUUACUUUCCUGUGGAUAGAACGAUCCAUCACAACCAAAAAAAGACCCAACUUUGUUCUGCUGCUGAAGGCCUUGUUAUUAUCUAGCUACGGAAAACUCCUGCUGAUCCCUGCUGUCAUUUGGGAGCAUGAAUACACCCUGCUGUGCCUGAGAUUCAUUAAAUUAUUUGUCCUUACCUCAAAUUUUCAGGCAAUUAGAGUGACACUGAACAUCAGCCGGAAGCUCUCCCUCUGGGCCAUCCUGUGCGGCCUGCUGAUGGAGAGCACCGUGGUCUACUUCUUCAGGCGGAUGGAAUGGGACCUCGGCAGUGACUGCGCCAUCUAUAAAGCGCAGGACUUCUGAAGAGGGACAGAAGCCCCGUAGUGUGCGUGCAUUCAGACAGGUGUCCUUCUCAGAUGAGACAGAUGUCACUGUAAAUAACUCGGGCCCUUACGCAACCACCCCUGGCACCGGGUGGCCCCUGGGACGUUAGCACAUGGCUCACGGGGUCCUUCCAUCCCGUUACCAUCCUCAGUGGCAUCCACGCCUGUGUCCUCCUUGCACCCAGAGCCCCAUUCUCACGACUCCUCUCACACCCGCGGUCCAGCUCAGUCCCGCCAGCAUCUCAGACUCUGAAGUCUGUCCCGCCGACAGCUGCUGCCGCCCUUUCCAGCCGUCCUGCUCCUUCCCUUCCGCCAUCCCUGCCUUUUGCUGCCAUUUUGACAUCUAGUCCCGUGACCCCUGAUCUCUCCCUCUGCCCUGGCCUCCUCUUAACCACACCCACGGCCUGUGGGCAGUUGCCGAGCUCACCUCCCUUGGUCCCUUGAAGCCCACCGGCCUCUUGCCCUUCUGUCAGACGUGACUCGAUAGAGCUGCUUGCGUGAGUCUCACCGUCUGUUUUCUCCGUAAGUCACAGGGAGUGUCGCUUGCUCAGGCCGUCCCUGUGUAGGCACAGACCCUCCGCUGGCCCUCUGCCUCACGGUCACCUCUAGUGUACGCCCCGGCAGGUGACCUGAAAUCGUCCCCACGCUCCUUAUUCCUGGGCCUGCUCUCUCUCUGCCGAGAAUGGCAGCUGUCACUGGGCCCCCGAGCUUCCGUCUUCACAUCAGAACUUCUCUGACUGGGUGUCUUCCUUCUGCCCGCCGUCCUGCCUCGGGCGAGCUCAGCUUCCUCUCCAGGGCUCUCCAUCCUGUGCGCGGCCUCCGCCCGGCGGUCCCGGUUGGACCCCGGUCAC